AUGGCAGCUCAAGUGGACUUGCUCCGUGCGAAAGUAGAGGAAGAAAGGCUGAGGGAGAGUCUGGAUAGGUUCAUUAAAGAGAGGAAAAAGAAGAAGAAAAGGGAUUUGUCGCCGUCGGCCGACAAACGGUCUGAGAAGGAGGCGAAGAAAGUGAAGCUCCAUCACCACCAACACGCCGAGCACCGGAGCCACCAGCCGCAUCAGCUGCAGCAGAAUCCGAAAGCCCACAACUUCAGCGCAGGUAAACAUGUCCUGCACAGCCACAAGCACAGCCAGCACCAUCACCACCACCACCACCACCACCACCACGGCCUCACCAACGGCACCAAGAAGAGCCUGCAGCCGACUCUGCCUCCACCUCCUCCUCCUCCUCCUCCGCGGAAGGUGCCAGAGCAGCUGCAGAGGAAGCGAGCGGUGCCUCCGGAGCCACCUGCGCUCUUCACUUUCACGCCUCUCAAAACGGUCAAGGCCAAGCCCCAGGAUUUCCAGGAAAAACGCAGGGAUAAAGAGCCCAGGCUGAAGCUCAAGAAGGAAAACACCGAGGCCAAUGUGAAACACGCUGAGCUGAAGAAGAACAAGGAGCCAAAGCCCCUCAAUGAGAACGUCAGGUCUCUAACGCUGGAGGAGUAUCUCCUGAAGAAGAAGAAGAAGAAGAAGAAGCAUCGUGAGGAUGAGCACGGUGCCAAGAAGGCCCGCCACAUGCACAACAAAGCGGUCCAGACCGUGUGUGCAGGGCUCGGAGCAGACCUCGCUCUGCCCGUCUGCCCUGAUCCGUCCCUGCCUGGCACCGUGAAGCAUGAAAGCAAUCGCCAGCCUGGCCGAGACACUGUCGACAACCACCAACCCUACCUCCACGCUCUCAAACUGGGCCACGUCCCCUUCCUCUCACACCAAGACCACUAUAUCCGCAGCUCCUGCCUCCAGACGGGCACCUGCUACGGACGCUUCAUGCACGAGGAACGGCAAGCCAACGGCGGGGGGUCAGUUCUGCACGCCUAUGCCGAUGAGUUAGCUUGUCUCAGCCCGGCUGAGGUGGAGUGCUUCGCCCGGGAGUUUCUGGAGUUGGCCUUUGCGGAGAAGCCCAGAGGCGCAGCCUCUUAUGCCUUGGCAGUGGUGCACAGUGCAGCCUCCUAUCUACCUGACUUCCUGGACUACUUUGCCUUCAACUUCCCCAACACACCAGUCAAAAUGGAGAUACUGGGCAAGAAAGACAUUGAGACCACCACUAUUGCCAACUUUCACUCUCAGGUGAGCCGGACGUACUGUUCAGGAACGUACCGGUCCGGACCCAUGAGGCAGAUCAGCUUGGUGGGAGCCGUGGAUGAGGAAGUUGGAGACUAUUUCCCAGAGUUCCUUGACAUGCUGGAGGAGUCACCCUUUCUCAAGAUGACCCUACCGUGGGGAAGCCUCUCCAGUCUGAAGCUGGAUUGUCGUUCUCAGAGUGACGACGGGCCCAUCAUGUGGGUGCGACCCGGAGAACAAAUGGUUCCCACUGCCGACACGCCCAAGUCGCCUUUCAAGAGACGCAGGUCCAUGAAUGAGAUAAAAAAUCUGCACUACCUGCCGAGGGCCAGCGAACCCAGAGAGGUUCUGUUCGAGGACCGGACUAAGGCCCAUGCUGACCAUGUAGGCCAGAGUUUUGACUGGCAGAGCACCGCUGCUGUUGGGGUACUGAAGGCAGUGCACUUUGGAGAAUGGAAUAACCGACCUCGGAUAACCAAAGAUGUUGUCUGUUUCCAAGCUGGAGACUUCAAUGAAGUCGUCCAGAGUCUGCAGCUGGAUCUGUAUGAGCCCCCGGUGUCUCAGUGCGUCCAGUGGGUGGACGAUGCCAAGCUCAACCAGCUGAGGAGGGAAGGCAUCCGCUACGUCCGUGUCCAGCUCUGCGACGACGACAUCUACUUCAUCCCGAGGAACGUCAUCCACCAGUUCAAGACGGUGUCCGCGGUCUGCAGCCUGGCCUGGCACAUCCGCCUCAAACAGUACCAUCCCGAGGAGAAGGACAAGGAGGAGGAGCAGCGGCCAAAUGACCACAGCCCCACCUCGGGUCGAGUCUCUUUUUCCUCCCCUGCCAGGCCCGACGCCACCGUAACCCCCUUUGGACGUCCACAAGGAGACAACAGCCAAGGUGGGGUGGCUAAAACUGAGGAACCAGAGUUCCAGAGGCCGGCGACACCUCCCAAGGAGCGUCAGCCGGCGCCUCCACAGCCCACCAAAUCCGCUCACGUGCCCCCAGCGUACCAGGAUCCCCACCUUCCCUUGGAACCAGUCCACGCUGGAUGCACGCCCUCAAAACAGCCCACCCUUCCGAAAGGCCUCGGCCACACUGCAGAGUUCCCUAAAUGACCUCCCACCCCCUCCCUGCUUGCUGUGGAGGAGCGUAUGUGAAGGACUUGCCUAAAACUGACACCUGUGUCAAUCAGGAAGCAUUUCAACUUCAAUUCUUCUUCAGACGUUUUUUAAUCCUUAGACAUUGGUUAAAAUGUUUUUUUCAGCCAAAAUAAACGAUGUGACGCCGAUCAUUAGUUUUUUUAUUUGAUGGCACCUAAACUGGAACUCUCCACUGUCUGAUUCAAAAGCUGUGUAUCGUGUAAAGAAAUGAUUAUUAGAAAACUAAAUAUCUCUGACAGCUGUAAGCCUGGGGGGUGAUCCUGCACUUGGUUGUGUGUGUGUGUGUGUGUGUGUGUGUGUGUAUGCGUGUAUCUGUCCCAGCUAAUCUCCCACACUACUGGACUCAUCAGGUUAGUUCUUUCUGUGCACGUUUUCUCUCUCAUGGUUUCAGCAAUUCACAAUUAAUUGGAGUACCCGUUUUAUUGCCCGCUCUGUUUCAUACUGCACUCGUCACUCCUCUCACUGGCCAGCAGGGGCUGCUAGUGAUCGACACCUGCUUCAGUUUGGAAUCUCAACAUGCAUCAUGUUAGUGCUGGCGGUUUCUCCUCACUUUGAGAUUUUACAUCUUGUAGGUCGGCGGAGUCAUGACCCACCCUGCUCUGCGUCUGAUUGGCUAGUGCUCGUUGCCUUGGUUGGUCAGGUCAGUUCGGUUUAGGCAUGAGGAGUAAGAUUGGCUGGGGUUAAGGGUAAGAAUAUCAGGGUAAGCCAAUCAGAGGCAGAGUGAGGCGGUUCAUGCCUACGCCAUCCUAGGAGACAAAAUAUCCCACUCUGCACUCCCUGUUCUCCACCCACAAGCCCUCAGACCUGGUGGAGAUCUGCACUCUUCUAGUCAUUUUAAAAGUUGCAACACUUUCUUAUGGAAAUUUUAAAUUUAUGCUCAAGGCUCUGCUGUUUUAUUUUUUGGCAGAAUUGUUUCAUGGAGGACUGAAGUCUGUGGCUGGUGGAAUGAUUGUUUACAUACAUGAUAUAUGAUAAUUUUUGAAGCAUUAUAGGGACAUUACACAGUCUCAGUCAUUUGAGUGGCAGAGGCAUAUCGACUAACCUCAUCCAGACGAUACAGUCGACUCACUUUUAUUGCUCGAGGUCAGCUGUCUGCUCGGCACAUGGUGGAUAUCCAGCACAUAUUUCCUGGAUUGGUCACAGCUAGUAAACAUGAGAUAAUUUUUUUUUUAAAAAAAGGAAAAAAAGAUACAUUUUCAUUUGGCUCUGGACUUUUAAUUAUCUAAUUACAAGCACCUAAAAGUUUUUUUGUCAGCUUUAUAAGUUGAAGUUUGCGCAAUUCUUUAUUUAAAUGCCAUUUUUCACAGUGCUCUUUUUCUUACUGUCGGUACUGUUUUUGAUAUUUUAUUUAUUUUCUUAAGGUUGAUCUUAAGAAAUGAACGCAGGUUCAUAACCGGUAAUGAAUAUGUAAGAUUAUAAUCUGAUCAUAGGAGCGCCUCUAAACGAUGAAGUACGGCGAAUAACUCUUCUUCGUGUGUCUUCAGACUCUGGUGUGUAAAUAUUCUGCUGUUGUUGUAGCUGGGAAUAUGUGAAUGCUGUCCAUGCACUCCUGACUGAAUAUAGUUUUAGCUGGUGAUGUCACUGGGUUGAUAAAGGCGCCGCUGUAGAAGGUUAAUGCGGUUGUGUCCACUUUUCUGAGUGUAACUGUGAUGAUGCCUUCAGGCAAAGUCCGAAAAGAUGAGACUUUCUGCAAAACCAUCCAAGAUUUCUUUCAAACCGAUCUGUCCUGAAAUGUCUCACCUCACAUGGUCCCCCAGCGUUUCGAGAUUUAAAGUUCACCUGAAACCUCGCUGAGGCCUUCAUUCUGUGGUCUUCUACACGCAGUCUUCUGUAAAGGAAGUGAUAACGUGAUCCUGCCUUUGCUCUAUUGCUGACUACGUCUUAGUGCCUUGUACUGGAUUCACUAAGCCUCAUGUAGAGCUGUGAGGUUCAUCUGUCGAGUACGAUGGUAAAGAGGGGGUUGACUAAGCAGCCAUAGCAUAUCUUGAUUGUUUUUUUAAUUUAUGGAAAAAAAAACUGUUGCUCAUGUGAUGCUUUUUGAUUUCUGCAUCUGCAUGUCACCUGGAAGCGAACGAUUACUGCAGCGUAGUGCGCUUUUAUACUAGAUCCUAUUCAGGAAGCAGGAUGGUUAUUUUUGUUUCUCAGAAAUACG